AUGGCUGACGCGCCUGCUACUCGGACGCACGUCCUGAGACCACAUCAUGUGUUGAUGGCCGCGGUUCUGAGGUUGACUCACACGCCGGAGUGGACCUUUACCGACCUGUUUUUGCUAGAGGUGUACAAGCUGGUGAUGCAAGAAAUCUCAGAGAUCUAUCAACCCCUCCCAUAUCGGGACUUUUAUCGCAAGAUCCAGGAGCUGGACAAGGGAGGAAAGAAAGUCUAUCCGAGAGACAUUGAAAUUAUGGCCUCUUGCUUGGAUGGUUUCAUUAAGCAGAUGACACACCCAGACUUUUUACACACUUUGUUCACUCGUAAGGAGGAAUAUGGUACACAACAAUCUUCUGCUGUCUUUGAGCGCCGGUCAUACUUCGGCAUGUUCAUUCGAAGAACACGACUUUCGAUGCAAAAGCUGUCAUUUUCUGGCAUGGUCAAGUUCAUCGACGACUUCCAAGGAUGGGCAAAUGCUACAAAUAUGGACGGAUAUGCCAUUGAGAGCAAUUGGGAUAUUCCUGGGCUUCUAAGCUACCCGACGUCAGAUGAUGAUGCUUCCCGCGCGACUGCGGAUUCCUUCGCAGAAUACGAGCACGCAGAACACGUCGGCGAUAUUACAACCGCAAUCGAGAGUUUGAGGAGGUUUUUUGCCCAGCGGUUCAGCGAGGAGAACGACUCGGGCUUUAACCAGUAUACUUUGCUCCGGCUGUCAUCUACGUACUAUUUGAAUGGACAAAUGAAAGCCGCUAAAGAAACAAUCGAGGAAGCCAUGAAAGUGUGUCGUAAUGCAGGCGACAGGUAUACUUUGAUAUCGUGCACUGCCCUUCAACGACGCAUCAACUCGUUUUAUCCCGAUCAUGAGCCGACUCCAUUGCGGAAAGGGUUUAAGCAGCUAGAUGUGCUCUGGGAUCUUCGCCGAAGUCUGGAAUCAGGAGAACCAGUCAGUAAAUGCUGGAAGCUUCUUUGGUUCGCUUCAGCUGGAGCAAAAGACCUUUCAGACGGAGGGAAGGCACGGGAUCGAGCGAGCCUUGCAAGUGCCUCUUCUUUCAUGUGGAAACUGAGCGGAAUCGAGAGUCUCGGUAGAUUAUGGGAAGACAUUUCCUUGCUUCACAUGGACGAAAAUGCAGAGGAUGUGAGGCUUACAAACAUCAUUUGGCGGACUACCUCGCUUGUUCGGCAAGGUCAAUAUGACGAGGCAUGGACAUUAAUAAUAGAUCCUUCCACUUGGCGACCGCUCACCUUGCAACAAGCCCAACAAUGGCAAUGGGAACUAUGGUGCAACAUGCUCACUUUUGCUAUACGCAGCGAGCGGAAGGGAUUAGUUGACUAUCUCCGGAAGACAAUGCCAAGAUAUCCUUCGCAGCAGAACUACCGAGGAAAGAUGUAUGAUGUGGAGAAGGGUGACCUCGGUGCGGGAGAGUGCCUGCGAGUGGGGAAUAACUAUAUCAAUUCACGUCAAUAUCUCAUCGCCAUGUCUCCGAUUCUGACGGCCGCCACGCUGACAGAAUACGCCUGCAAUUGGCAUACACACAGAACUGCACUCAUCAUGAUUGCUGAUCUUGGUAUUGGCCUGGGGAUGGCCCCGAGUGGUCAGCGACUCAUAGAGGAGCACCUUCCGCAAAUACUGCGCGGGGACGACCUGGAGCAAAGGGCAUAUGCUUGUUUUACACUCGCCAGGUGUAUGAUUGCCAACGCGGAGGGAGAUGUCUCGAAACUCGAGGAAGCUAUACCAUGGCUUCAACGUGCACUGAAAGACUAUGAGGCAAUCGAGUUGAUCAAGUCCAGCCAGCAAGUGUUGUACGUCCUUGCGGUCGUUUAUGAGAACACCAACGACGAGGAAAAAAGGAACGCAGCAUCUCAGCGGUUACUUGACUUGGAGUCGUUGGUCAAACAGCGACAUACCAGGACAGUCGAGUCGAAGUACAUGGAGAUGCUGGAGUUGAGCGUCGAGAUUUUAGCGUAUGUGGCAACUGGUGGGAGGCGGGUAGGAGGGGACGAGGCGAGCAGCAACGAUAACUCUAUUGCAUCAACGAUACCAGAAUACGAUUCUGUAUAA